AGCCAUAACAAUCCAAAAAAGAGUUGUUGAUGCUCCAAUGUUCCGCUAUACCUCGAUGUAAUUUGUCUGCUUUGAAAAAAAGGAUAUUCCAGGAUGAAGCAAGGUUGCGGCAUACGAUUAAUUAGAAUGUUAAGUGUCUAAAUGGGUCAGUGGUUGAGGAGAAAGCGUUCACCAGUGAUCGUAAGAUCUCGUUUAAAAUCACGGAGAAAGUGGGCAUACUAUCUGAGAAGGGGUGAAAUUCAUAUUCAAGACUGAUGAAUAUUGAUUUUGUUAAUUUUCUUUACUUCGCAAAUGUUCUUGCGAUUUUGCUUGUAUCAGAUUUAUUUCAUGUGGAAGCAAAAUUACCAAAACCAAAGCUCUACGGAAAAGCUAUUCCAGCUCGAGAUCUAGACACAAGAUAUGGAAAUACACAAAAGAAAAUCGUUCUCAUUCAUAACUUCUACAGAGCCAAAGUUGAACCACCGGCAAGCAACAUGUUGGAAAUGACUUGGCAUACAGGUGCGCAAGAGGCAGCGCAAAAAUGGGCCAAUUCCUGCAAAUUCCUGCGUCACGAUAAUCCUGUUGAUAGGUGGGUGGAAGAUUAUGGAUCCUGCGGUCAAAAUAUAUUCGUCUCCAGCGAGCAAGUGGACUGGAUGUAUGUAGCUAAAGCUUGGUACAUGGAACAUCUCAAUUUCACAUACGGAAGUCCAAGUAAUAAUUUAACUGUCGUUGGACACUAUACACAGAUGGUUUGGUACAACAGUCAUCGAAUUGGAUGUGGUUUCAAAUUCUGUGGGAAAGACGUAGCGAAUAGACCCUUCUUCAAUUACGUCUGUAAUUACUGUCCUAUAGGUAAUGAUCCAAGAAACUUAGGCAAGCCCUACAUUGCUGGAAAACCUUGUGAAAAGUGUCCGAAACACUGCAAGUACAAGAAACUGUGUACGAACAGCUGUCCUUAUUCUGAUUUUUGGGUGAACUGCGCAGAGCUGAGCAAAAAUUGGAAUUCUUGGCUGUGUGGUGAGCUCGGCAACGAGCGUUACAAGUCCUGCCAAGCGACCUGCAAAUGUCCGAACGCUAUAAAAUAAAUCUACGUUUAUCUCCUUAGAAGAAAAUUUCUGCGUGUAAAAAAGAAAGCCAAUCUGUGGCUGCAUAAUGCCAGUUAUUGAAGAUUUGUUGCUUUCUAAAUACAACAAGUUCAAGAACAGUUACGGCUGACAAAAUCUGAACCACCAUCUUCAUUUUAAUGAGCGUUUCAAAUUCUGAAACGUGUGCUUGUUAAGUAGGCUAGAGUGAUAUUUGUAAAACGUAAACACAUUCAGUGUUGCUGUUUUCUUGCUGUUCUUAUAUUGUGCCAACUAGUUUGUCAUAUAGUUCCAAGAAUUUUCGAAUUUAAAUAAGGGUUUUUUGCCGUAAAGAAAGGCUUUAUUUACAACACUGCUAUGCAUUUCCAAGUAUAUCUUGUCGAAAAAUCUUAGAUUAAUAUUGGAAUAAUACGUUCUAUUUAAGAUUGACACACUCUUAAAUAGAACGAAAUGCAGUUAAUUCGAGCUUUACGAAGGGCAGAUUAAACGUAUUGCCUGUUAACUAGGCCCUGUUAAAAAAUUCAUUAAAAAUAGAGUUUGAUAUAUUUAUGAAUAUAUCAAUGCAAAACAAAACUGUCAACAGAAACCUCAAAAAGGAAAAUUAAAAAGAUGUAGGAUAACAGCGAUGACAGCAGAUAAUGCAGGACUUAGAAGAGAAGGGCUAGCUCAUAGAGCUUUUCCCCCUGAAGCAGAAAGUCAGAAGUGAUGACGUAGCCAUGAUGACACUGAGCGCGCCAAUAUAAUUCACAGCUGGAAAUAGCGUUU